CUUAGAUUCCACCUUUGAGACUCUGCAUCUUUGUCUCUUACUUAAUAAACCCUUUGCAACACGAAAACCUCACCACUUUGGAGUGAUCGGCGAUCAGUCAUCGGAAAGAUGGAUGAAGAAUUACUCGAACUACAGCGACAAUUUGAAUCCGCUCAACAAGCGAAAUCAAGCAUUCGUUUAUCAGAACGUAACGUCGUUGAAUUAGUACAAAAGCUUCAGCAACUCCAUAUCAUCGACUUCGAUCUCCUACACACUGUAUCCGGCAAGGAGUACAUCACUCCUGAGCAUCUACGGCUUGAGAUUGUGUCGGAGAUAAAGAAAUUAGGGCGUGUCUCGCUGAUUGAUCUUGCUGAUAUUGUCGGUGUUGAUUUGUACCAUGUGGAGAAACAAGCGCAAGUUGUUGUAGCUAACGACUCAUCGUUGAUGUUGAUUAAUGGUGAAAUAAUAUCGGAUUGGUACUGGAAUAAUGUCUGUGAAGAGAUUAAUGAUCGGCUUCAAGAAUGCAGUCAGAUUGCGCUUGCUGAGAUUGCGGCUCAGUUGCAAGUUGGUUCGGAGUUACUCGUGACAGUGUUGGAACCUCGACUUGGAUCCCGGAUAAAAGGCAGACUUGAAGGUGGACAGCUGUACACACCAGCAUAUGUUGCACGUGUGAAUGCAAUGGUUCGAGGGGCUGCUAGAGGCAUCACUGUCCCUAUGAACCUGUCAGUAUUGUGGGGCUCAUUGCAGCUAUUACUACAAGAAAUGGAUGCUGCGAGUGGUGUGGCUGUUGAAGCUUCAUUCUUCCAAUCAAUGUUUAAUGGAUUGGUGAAGGAAGGUCAAGUUCUUGGAUCAGUUCGUGCUGGAGUUCAUUGGACACCAAGUGUGUUUGCCAUUGCUCAAAGGGAAUGCGUGGAUUCUUUCUUUUCACAGAACUCUGUUGUCAGCUACGAUGCUCUGCAUAAACUUGGAAUUACACAACCAAUUCAGUUUCUUCAGUCCAGGUAUCCUGAAGGUAUACCCUUGAUUACUUUAUUUGUUCACCCUUCAACUGUUGAGAUGCUGGAUGCUGCUGUGGAGGAUGCCAUUGAACGUGGCAGCUGGAUUGAUUCCCUUUCAGUUUUACCAGCAUCCUUUGUUUCCCAGGAUGCGCAUAAGAUGCUGUCUCUUUGUCCAUCCAUACAGUCGGCACUUAAGGCUAAUAAAGCACUCAUUUUGGGAGACUCUUAUGUUUUCAGCACCACAUUUUUCAAGGAUCUUUAUGAACGAAUGGAGAAGGAUCUGGAUACCAUUAGUUUAUCUGGGCUUACUGAUGAAACAAAUGGCACUCCAUCUGAAGUCAAUGACACGAUUAGUGAAAGUGGGUCCUACAAACAAACAUCAGAUAAAGGAUCAAAGAAGAAAAAAGGAAAAUCCAACACAAAUACCAAAACAGCUGAUUAUAAUCAAGAUAAUGAUCAAGAACCUAUUCCUCCUAAAUCAAAGAAGAACCACAGAAAAGGAAAAGCUGCAUCUUCAUCACAUGGGUCAGACCAAAAAUCAAGUGCCAAAAAAGACGAGGAUACCCUUGGUAUCUUUUCAGAAGAAGAACUAUGCCAAAAGAUAAAUGGACUUGUACCUGACUUUGAAGAUCAAGGUGUUGAUCCAGAGACAGUUGUUGUGCCCUUAGCUAAUCAUUUACGACCCAUGCUGAUGAAUGCAUGGAAUGAGAGAAAAAAAGCUUCUUUAACAGAUAAUGCACAGAAAAUCAAACGUGUCCUUGAUAAUUUGCAAAAGAAACUAGAUGAGUCUUCAUUGAAUAUGCAAUUAUAUGAGAAAGGUCUAGAUUUGUUUGAAGACAACCCAUCAACUUCAGUUCUUUUGCACAAACAUUUACUAAGAACUACAGCUGCCCCUAUGGUCGAUAUGCUCUUAUUAAAUUUGAAUCUGCUUAAUAAAUUGAAAAAUGGAGUUGAUGUUCAAGAUUUUGACAACACAGAAUCCGUUUCACUUAGCUCUGGGGAUCGAAUUGCUCUGGCAAAGAAAUUUGAGGGACCUCUAUCUGUAAAGGCUAAUGCAGUCGUUGAAGCUUUGGAAGGGAAGCGUGUUGACGCAUAUAUGACAACACUAAGAGCAUUUGCAGAUGAGUGUGGGUUAAGUGUGAAAAAGCUUGACAAGAAGUUGGACAGAAGUCUCCUCCAUUCAUAUCGAAAGGAUUUGUCAACUCAAGUUUCUGCUGAAACUGAUCCAGUCACCAUUUUGCCUAAAGUCGUUUCUCUACUUUAUAUACAGUUUUUUGGAAGAGCUCUUCAAGCACCAGGGAGGACCAUUUCGGUUGCAAUCUCUAAAUUAAAGGAGAAACUAGAUGAUUCAGCAUACAAAACCUUAGAAGAGUACCAUGCUGCAACAGUCACACUUUUGACCCUUAUAUCAGCAUCAACAGGCGAUGAAGAAGAUUGUACAUCAGAUAGAGCUUUAACCAAAAAGGAGCUAUUGGAACGUUUAAUGCCAGCAUUGAAAGCCCUAGUCUCCCCCAACUCCAAUCCUCGCCCCUCCCAAUAAAUACCGCUUCUAGUCUUCUAGAUAGAGACACAACAAUUUCAUUUUCAAUAGAAUGUUUUUUGUGUUGGAAUCUUUUUAUUAU